CUCUGCAAUUCCCUGCUGUACAGGAGCUGCCUUGUGAGCAGUCACUGGGACCAGCAUCCACGCUGGACCAGCAUCCAGGCUGGACCAGUAUCCACACUGGACCAGCAUUCACACUGGACCGGCUGUGUAUGCCAGCAUCUCCCUACUCAUUCCCUCCUACAUCGAGGGUCGGAUGCCUGGAGCACACUGGCACUGCUGUUGAAUUCCUGUGCUCCCGAGGCUGGAGGGCUCCCCUCCAGGCUGAUAACUGGGUAACUUUCCUCCAGCAUCAGUACUCCUUGGGUUGAAUCCGAGCGUGAGCGGUGCCGUUCUCCGGCUGGAAGGCUGAGGCUAAUGGAAGAGUGAUGCCCACAUUGCAUGGUCUUGUGCCAACCACCACCAUCGAGGCUGAUGCUGACUCCUUCUCCUGAAGAUGUCUCAGAAAUGGGCAGUUCUGGCUGUGCUCUUUUUCUUGGCAAUCAAUCUGAUUGAAGCUUACAACACAGUGAGUGUGGAGGCUGGUCAUGAGGCUGUGCUGAGCUGCCCUUACAUCUUCAACGUGUCUUUGCUGAUGGUGACAUGGAAGAAGAAAUGCAGCAGUUGCUGUGUGUUGGCCUACAGAAGUGAUCACAGUGAGACAGGGAAGACAAACUGCACUGAGAGGAUCAUGUGGAAAUAUUCACCUGACAGUGACCCUGCCCUUCGUAUUUACCCUGUGAACCUUAGUGAUGAGGGAAAUUACAGCUGUGAAAUUGUCAACAGCGAAGGGAAUUUUUAUUUUUCCUCUUCUCUGACUGUCAUGGUCCCUCCUAGAGCGACUCUGACCUACGACAAGAGCAGGGGGGCCGUCUGCCGGGCGUCUGCGGGAAAGCCGGCUGCUGACAUCUGGAUCCCGGCAAGCAACGCCAGCACUGAGGAAGAAAUCCAGCACGCCAACGGGACGGUGACCAGGGUGAGCUACACAGGCUGGGCCAACAGCACGCUGCCCACUGCCACCUGCCUGGUGACCCACCCAGCCUCAAACCAGACCCUGUCCAUAGACCUGACAAAUGCUUCCCCCAGCCUUCCCUAUCUCCUGAUAGGAGGAUCUGCAAGUGUUGCUGCUGUCACUGGUGUGACUUUAUGCUUGAUUUUCUGGUGCAGAGCUUUCCGGUUACGACAAUUGGCACAGGGGCCAGCAGAACCAUCUGCAACUAGAAACUUCAAGUCCACACCCUCACAUUUCUUACCAGAGACUAUGUACGAAAACUACUAUCCAGGAUCCAUAUAUAUGAACAUAUACCAGUGCAGGCACAAGUAGUCUGAUUCCAGCUCAGCUAGUAAUGAUACCCAGUUACUUGAACUUCAGCUAAUAAACCUCAGACCUUACCCACAAAGGAAAGCCUUUGUCUUUCCUGACGGUGGGGGAGAAAAACCCAUUUUAGCACGUUGUUUUUCUCUUUCUCAAUGUAUCAGUACAGCUGUUGAAACAGAUGAAACUUUUAAAGACUGACUUGGGAAAACACCUACCUGAAUUUUGUUUGAAAAUGGACUCUGAGGUAUGUGCUGCCUUUCCUCAAAACAAUAACUGAUGUGUAUCUGCCAGAGGAACAGUGUGCUGGUGAAAAUAUAGCACAAUUUUUCCAUUUUAGCAACUGGAUUCUCUUUGCACUUUUGUGUUGG